AUGAUGACCGAAAGUGACCGAGACGAGAAACAGCCCGCGUCGUCGGCGACCGAGACGCAGCCCAUCAGCGACGCCGCCGCCGCCGCCGCCGCCGCUGAGAAGCGUCUGGUCCGAAAGACCGACAUGCUCAUGAUGCCCGGCCUCGCCCUGGCCUACUUCACGCACACCCUCGACCGCGCGAACCUGGGCAACGCGAAGACGGACGGCAUCGAGGACGACCUCGGGAUGGAGGGGAACCAGUUCUCCCUGCUGCUGGUGCUCUUCUACGUCCCCUACGCGCUGUUCAACAUCCCCUGGACCAUCCUCGCGAAGAAGUACAACUCGUCGCUCGUCAUCCCGAUCGCCGUCGCCGCCUGGGGCGCCUGCACCCUCGGCGCCGCCGGCACGACCGACUUCGCGGGCAUCAUGGCGACGCGCAUCGUCAUGGGCGCCGUCGAGGCGGCGUACAAGCCCUGCGAGGUGUACUACCUCUCGCUCUUCUACACGCGCAGGGAGAUGGGGUUCCGGGUCUGCUGGAUCGGGCAGAUGGGCUUCAUUGCCGGUGCUGUCAGCGGCUUAAUCUCCUGGAGCGUGUUCAAAUGGGACGGAAAGCUGCAUGGCUGGCGAUACCUCUUCAUCAUCGAAGGCGCCAUCACUAUUGCGGUGGCCAUAUUCCUAUACCUCUUCGCGCCCCGCAGCCCCGAGAAGUGUCGCUGGUUCACCGACGAGGACCGGCGCCUGGCCGCGCUGCGUCUCGAGCAGGACUCGCAGGACCAGGACAAGAAGUUUCGCUGGGAGGAUGCGAGGAGGCAGCUGCAGCACUGGCAGACGUGGGCUUUUGCCUUUCUCGCCCUGAUGUACGGCGUCGGCGUGGCCAGCAGCUCCAACUUUUUGCCUACACUCGUCAAGCGCUUGACAAAAGAUACUACCAAGGCCAACCUCUACACCGUCGGGCCGAACCUGACGGCCUCCGUCUGCCAGCUCACCAUCACCUGGUUCUCGGACCGCUACCAGCAGCGGGCCUCCAUCUCGAGCGGCACGCUGGUCGUCUCGCUCCUCGCCUGGAUCCUGCUCGGGACGCUGGACCUGGUGCGGCACGAGAGGGUCGGCUACUUCAUCACCUACCUCAUCACCUUCGCCACGUUCGUGCCCUCCAACCUCGUCCCCGUCUGGCUGGCGUCCAACGUGCCAACGACGACGGGGCGGACCGUCGCUCUGGGCUUGAACUACAUGGCCAUGAACCUGGCGGGUAUCGUCUCCUCCAUGGUGUUCCGGGCGGAAGACGCGCCGGUGUACCGUCCGGCGCUCAUCACCGUCGGCGUCACGCAGGGCAUCUUCAUCGUCGCUUGCUUGACGCUGAGGCAGUACUACGUCAACCUCAACAAGAAGCUCGAUUCCGGGGAGUUGGCUUUCGCGCCGGGAAUGGAGGCACGGCCCGAAUACCGGUAUGCCAUCUAA